AUGCCGCUACGCCGCAGCUCGGCUGCGCUGGCGGCGCUGCUCGCGGUCUCGGUGCUGCUGGGCUCGUCCCCGUGCACGACAGUCGCCGACGACCACAAGCCCAUCGUGGCGCGCGUCAGCAAGGACGCCACCACCUCCCUCUACACCAUCGCCAACAAGGUCGGCGGGGUGCCGCUGCUCCUCGACCUCGCCGGCCCGCUGCUCUGGCUCGCAAACUGCCCCUCCCCUCACCGCACAUUCCCGUGCGACAUCGGCGUCUGCAAGGUCGCCAACUGGAACCACCCGCCCAACUGCCCCUACACGCCCACCACCGAAUGUAGCAAGGGGGCAGCCUGCACCGCCUACACGUACAAUCCGGUCAACGGGCGCUGCGCCCAUGACGACGCCACCACCAUCACGCUCGCCGCCAACACCACGGACGGCAAGAACCCGCUCUUCCCGGUGUCGUUCCGCGCCGUCGGGUCGUGCGCGCCGGGGGAGCUCCUGGCGUCGCUCCCAGCGGGAGCAGCCGGCGUCGCGGGGUUCUCGCGGCUUCCGCUGUCGCUGCCGUGGCAGGUCGGGUACAGGCUCGGCGUGCCGAAACAGUUCGCGCUCUGCCUCCCCAGAGGUAGCGGCAGCGACGGCGUGGCCGUCUUCGGCGGCGGCCCAUUCCAGCUCCUCGCGGCGCCACCUGUCGAGCUCGCCGCCGGCAUCCUCCAGAACCAGCUCCCGCUCCUCAGGAACCCCAAGAUCAACAACGGCGCCUACUACUUCCAGAUCACCGGCAUCUCCGUGAACGAGCAGAAGGUGCCCACACCGCCGGGAGCCUUCGACAUCGACUCCCACGCCGGCACGGGCGGCGCCGUCUUCAGCACCGUCACGCCCUACACCGCGCUGCGCCCGGACAUCUACCGCCCGCUCCACGACGCGUUCGACGCGGCCACGAGCGGCAUCGCCCGCGCUCCGCCAAUGGCGCCGUUCGACAUGUGCUACCAGGCGUCCGCGCUCGGGGUCACCCGGCUCGGCUACGCCGUGGCCAACAUCGACCUCAUGCUGGACGGAGGCCGGAACUGGACCCUUUUCGGAGGCAGCUCGCUGGUGCAGGUGAAUGACCACACGGUCUGCUUCGCGAUCGUGGAGAUGGAACCUUCCAUGCCGGCGGCGGCCAACUCGCCGGCGGUCAUCAUUGGGGGUUUCCAGAUGGAAGGACACCUGCUGAUGUUCGAUCUGGAGAAGGGUACGUUCGGGUUUAGUGGCCCGCUCUCCGGAAUCCGCACUGGAUGCAGCAACUUCAACUUCACCAUGGGAACAGGGGCGGGCCCAGCUCAAUGCAAGGGUAUUCAAGUGAAUACCCAUUAA